GUGUUCUUCGCUCGUUUGAGAUCCCUGAAGAAGGAGGAGGGCGAUCAGCAAUGGAAGAAGAAAAGGCUGCGGCUUAUUACGACGAGUUGACCCGGAAAGGCGAAGGAGCUGCGAGGUUCAAGCAGGGUCUGGGCUUCUCCACCGACUCCGACGCCGCUCCGAAACCUGGCUCAGCUCUCGCUUCUUCCUCUUCAUUCCUCAGCAAUUUCGUUAGAGCUUCGAGCCCUUCCAAGGCCUCCGAAUUCGAGAAGCAAGCGCAGUUCAAAUCCAUUCAAGACAAGCUCAAGAAGAAACCCACCGACGAAACCCGACCAUCUAGGGUUUCGGACCGAAGCCACAGGCCAGGGGAUGAUGAUGGACAUUCUACUAGGAGGCGAAGUAGGAGCAGAGAGAGGCGUGGGGACAGAGAUAGUAGAGCAUCAGGGAGGCGAAGCCGUAGCAGAGACAAGUAUAGGGAAAGGGAUAGAGAGUCAAGGAGGCGGAGUAGGAGUAGAGACAGAUAUAGGGACAGAGAUUCUGAGAGAAGGAGAAGGAGAAGCAGGUCGAGAAGCGAUUCGGAUGAGGGUAGGAGGCAUAGGCGCAGAGGGAGGAGCAGAAGCACUUCUCCGCGCGAAAGAAGAUCAGGUAGAAGGAGUCGGAGCUCCUCGCCUCUUCAACACUGGAGGUCGGAGAAGAGCGAUAUUAAUCUUGGGGAUCGAAGAAAUGUCAGUAAAACUAGUAAGGAAAAGAAUGCUGGGCCUGAUUAUGCCCGGUUGAUUCGAGGUUACGACGAGAUGUCACCUGCUGAAAGAGUCAAGGCCAAGAUGAAGCUGCAGCUUUCUGCAACUGCGCAAAACGACUCAGAAAAAGGUGUUGGCUGGGAAAGAUUUGAAUUCAACAAGGACGCCCCUCUUGAUGACGAGGAAAUUGAAGUUGCCGAGGAUGAUGCAUCCUUAGUCAAGCACAUUGGACAGAGUUUCCGCUUUUCUGCAGUUGAGGCAAGAAGGGAGGAACAAAUCAAAGCUGCUCACGAGGAAGCAAUGUUUGGUGCACCGGUACUUCCACCUUCCACCGUUUCUGACAGUGAACCCGAAAGGGAAAACAAUGAGAAGGAGGAUAAUCGAAAGGACCUUGUUACAAGCCUCUUAAGUGAAUCUGUUCUGGCCAAUAAAAAAGGGACUUGGCGUGACCGGGUUCGGGCUCCAGAGGCAUAGUCUCUCCAUCUAGUAGUAGAUUUUGCUGAUAGAAAAGCUGGCAAUAGCCCAAAACUCAUACUGCAGAGAGUAGAGUUUUUAUUUCUUGGCUGAAAAUAUUAGGCGAAUUUUUUUUUUUUUGGGUAUAAAAUUGCUUGGUUAUGAGGUGCGGGGUUUGAUCAUGUAUACAGCUUGCUGUUUAUGGAAAGAAAAUCUACUGUACAUGAAGUCAUGGAGUACAAUUCUUCUGAAGUAACGACACUAUAUCCGUAUUCCACAUUCUCACUCUA